AUGCCUGUUAUCUUCCCCAAUAGAUCUGGAGCGCAUCGAGGCUUCAGACACAGCUUCUUUUCUUCUGACCAUGCUUCGAAUACAGUCUAUUCGAGCUUUAUCAUCUCCAAGAUGAUUGGAAACGCCCAGACUAUCCUCGACCAAAUGUCUAUGCCUGAAACCACCGUCCUCCUCAGCCUCGAAGACACCAAACUCGACUCCAUCACAGCUUAG